UUAUAUAUUGGGCAAUCAGCAGUAUAUAGAAGGAGUGUGUAAUCCUGAAGCUGAUGUAGCUCAUUUCCUCCGACUGAACUAAUCUGUCUGUGCUAGUCAACAACUCAGACAUGGACUACUCGUCUACUCCUACUGGUUCUACUGCCUGCUCUCGGCCGCCGCGUGCGCCGCCGUUGCGUUGUACCUCCGUCCGGCGAGGGUAGGCGCCGGAGGGCCGACGGCGACAACGCCGGAGCUGCCACCAGGCCCGUCGGCGCUGGCGUCCACGGGCCUGCUCUUCUUCCUGGGCCGGGGCAACUUCAGCACCAUCAUGCGGCUCGUCCGCGCCAGCUACGGCCCGGUCUUCACGCUCCGCCUCAAGCCGUCCCAGCCCACCAUCUUCGUCUCCGAUCGCGCCGCGGCCCAUCGUGCUCUCGUGCAGGGCGGCGCGCUGCUCGCCGACAGACCGCCCGCCGCCUUCUCCAACCGCUACCUCUUCAGCGACCAGCACAGCAUCGCGUCCUGCGGCUACGGCCCGCUCUGGAGCGCGUUCCGCCGGAACCUCACCGGCAGAAUCCUCCACCCGGCGAGCCUGCAGCGGUACGCGGGCGCGCGCCGCCGCGCCGCGGGCGUGCUCGUCGCCGGCGUCAAGCGCCAGAUGAAUGGCGUGGUGGUCAUCGAGGGGCUCCUUCAUCGCGCCUUGUACCACGUGCUCGUCAGCAUGUGCUUUGGCGACGGGCUCGGCGAAGACGAUGGCGUGGUCGCGGCCGUGGAGGCCGUGCAGAGGGAGUUCACGACGUCCGUCAUCGGCUUCCAGGCCGUGUCCGGCGGCGACGGUGCCGGAGUCCGAGAAGAGGACCUCCAUAAGAUGCCUUACCUAAAAGCCGUCGUCCUCGAAGCGCUCUGCCGCCACCCGCCGGCGCAACUAGUAAUGCCGCACACGGCGACCGAUGACGCGACCCUCAUCGACGGCUUCCGGGUGCCGAAACACGCGCUGGUGAACUUCACGACGGCCGACAUGGCUCUGGACGAUCGCGUGUGGGGCGCCGACGCGCGGUGGUUCCGGCCGGACGGGUUCCUGCCGGGAGGGGAGGGCGCCGACGUGCAGCUCACGGGGGCGAAAGAGAUCAAGAUGAGCCCCUUCGGCGCCGGCCGCAGGGCGUGCCCCGGGAUCGAGCUCUCGUUGCUGCAUUUGGAGUUCAUGGUGGGGAUCCUUGUGGGGGAGUUUGAGUGGCAAGCGGCGGAGAAGACGGUGGAUUUGGCUGAGAAGCUUGAGCUGUCCAUCGUCAUGUGCACACCGCUCCGUGCACUCGUCGCGGAACCAACGCCGAUAAUCCUUUAAAGGCGUGUCAGCGACCUCGACACGGGCCCUACGACUAUAGAGGAACAUGGGCCGACUCCUCGGCCCAUCAGAGACCGUAGACUUCCAGCGCGGCUUGCAAGCCGAGAGUGGCUCAUGUGAAGCCUGUAAUUCCUAUUUAGUCUCUCUUCUUCCUCGGUUAGCUUUUGGCUUAUGGCAGGACUUGGCUAGGAUAGAACUGGAAUAUGAUCGAACUCGCUGUGUGGGUGGAAGGGAGGUUAAUCACAGCUACACAAAUAUUCCAAAUCUAGAUCAAAUCGAGUUCAUCUUGUAA